UGCGCUAUGCCGGCUGUUUAGGAUCCAAAGCUUCUCCACUCGUUUUGUUCUUUCCUUUCCUUUCCUUUUUUCUUUUCUUUCUUUCUUCUUCCUCUUUUUUUUUUCUUUUUAAAGGGGGGCAACCCCGGUGGUGGGCAGCCUGGCCCGCACACACCCGGUCUCAAACCCCGACAAAAACAGAUGCACUUUGACUUCUGACAGCUCUACCUCAAGCGGGAGAGAACUCAGCGGCUCUUUCCCCACAACCCGAGCUCGCCUCGUCUUUCUUCUCUUCUCGGUCUCAGUUUUAUUUAUUUAUUUCCGUCCCGCCACCGUUCUCAGUGACCUUCACUCCUCCGCGGUCUCUGGGCAGAAGGGUCGCUUUUUUGCCUGCUUGAGACUCCUCUUCCUCGCGGGGGGAGCUGAGGAGGCAGUGCUACGCCCCCCAGGCCCUGGGACUCCGAGGCUGCACACUCUACGGAGGCGACUCCGGCCCUCCAUCAGCCCCGCCUCCCCGGUUUUGAUUUCCUGGUGUGGGUUUUGGCUUGCACGGCAGGCCGAGGGUGUCUCUUUUUUGGAGGGUCUUGGGAGCUUGUGCCGGUCAUCUUUGGGAGUCGUCUGCUUGGUUCUACUUGCUCCUCUUUUCCCGGGCCUCAUCCGACCAAACCAAAGACCAUGGUGCACUGUGCAGGCUGCAAAAGGCCCAUCCUGGACCGCUUCCUCUUGAACGUGCUGGAUAGGGCCUGGCACGUCAAGUGCGUUCAGUGCUGUGAAUGUAAAUGCAACCUGACCGAGAAGUGCUUCUCCCGGGAAGGCAAGCUCUAUUGCAAGAACGACUUCUUCCGGUGUUUUGGUACCAAAUGCGCCGGCUGCGCGCAAGGCAUCUCCCCUAGCGACCUGGUGCGGAGAGCGCGGAGCAAAGUGUUUCACCUGAACUGCUUCACCUGCAUGAUGUGUAACAAGCAGCUCUCCACUGGCGAGGAGCUCUACAUCAUCGACGAGAACAAGUUCGUCUGCAAAGAGGAUUACCUAAGUAACAGCAGUGUCGCCAAAGAGAACAGCCUCCACUCGGCCACCACAGGCAGCGACCCCAGUUUGUCUCCAGAUUCCCAAGAUCCGUCGCAGGACGACGCCAAGGACUCGGAGAGCGCCAAUGUGUCCGACAAGGAAGGGGGCAGUAACGAGAAUGACGACCAGAACCUGGGGGCCAAGCGGCGAGGGCCGCGCACCACGAUCAAAGCCAAGCAGCUGGAGACGCUGAAGGCCGCCUUCGCCGCUACGCCCAAGCCCACGCGCCACAUCCGCGAGCAGCUGGCGCAGGAGACUGGCCUCAACAUGCGCGUCAUCCAGGUGUGGUUCCAGAACCGGCGAUCCAAGGAAAGGAGGAUGAAGCAGCUGAGCGCGCUGGGCGCCCGGCGCCACGCCUUCUUCCGCAGUCCGCGCCGGAUGCGGCCGCUGGUGGACCGCCUGGAGCCGGGAGAGCUCAUCCCCAACGGACCCUUCUCCUUCUACGGAGAUUACCAGAGCGAGUACUACGGCCCAGGGGGCAACUACGACUUCUUCCCGCAAGGUCCCCCGUCCUCGCAGGCCCAGACACCGGUGGACCUGCCCUUCGUGCCGUCGUCUGGGCCGUCUGGGACGCCCCUGGGCGGCCUGGAGCACCCGCUGCCGGGACACCACCCUUCGAGUGAGGCGCAGCGGUUCACCGACAUCCUGGCGCAUCCCCCUGGGGACUCUCCCAGCCCCGAGCCCAGCUUGCCCGGGCCUCUGCACUCCAUGUCAGCUGAGGUCUUCGGACCCAGCCCGCCCUUCUCGUCGUUGUCCGUCAAUGGCGGGGCGAGCUACGGGAACCACCUGUCCCACCCUCCCGAAAUGAACGAGGCGGCCGUGUGGUAGCGGGGUCCUGCACGGUCCUCGGAGUUCGUGGUUGUACAGAAACGAACCAUUAUUUAAGAAAAAUAGAAAAAAGAAAAAAAUACAUAAAAAGCAAGCUCCCUCUUACUUCCUCCAGCCUCGGGGAACAUUCUCCGGAUAGGAAAGAGGGACCCAAAAUAGGAUCCAAAUCCACCUCGGGGUGAGACUGGGAUCCGCGCACUGGCUGGCAAGGUGCAGAACUGGGGCUCUCAAAGGGAAACAGAGACCUCGCCCCACCUUCCACCUGGACCCGGAUCCGUGGACAGACGCCGGGAGCCUGUGCUCCUGGCCACGGGCAGACCACGAAAAGACACCCACAGCUGCCGCGGGCGUGCACUGCCUCUGGUGAUACCAGGAGCCGCAGGGAGGGAGGCACCGAGCUGCCGGUGAGGGAGGUGCAGUGGCCGGGCUCUCCGGGUCAGCCAGAAGGGUUCUAGCUCUGGGAUAUCCGUAAUAUCAGUGUUGUCCCAGAGUUCUGCAACAGCGACAACGAACUCUUAUAGCUUCAGAAACGCCGACCUGCUGUGCAUCAGGUGGGACUAUAUAUAUAUAUAUAUUUUGUCUAUCUGGGUUUUUGGUUUUGUUUUUGCCAAAAUUGCAAAGUUCUAAAUGUAAAGCCCUCAGCAUCAACUCUUCUACCUUCACAAAGCUCUAUACACACAGAAAUGCACACACAGACACACUCCGUAGGAUGGUCUCCCGCCAGACCUCUCAGUAAAGUGACUUGAACAUCAGCUGUACAAGAAAAGUAUUCUACCUUCACACACAAAAAGUUAAAAAAAAAAGACUAUUGAACUAAAAACAGUCAACUGUUUACGUAUAAUGUUAAAUUCAGGAGUUCAGUGUUUUACUAAUAUAUCCUGUUUUGAAACCUCUUGUUCAAAAACAAAAUGUUUUGAGCAAUCAACCAAAAUUGUUCCUUUUCUUUUCUGUAGAUGUUCUGACAGAUUUGCAGGGCUUGCGGCUCACUGUGCUAGUAUGUGAAAAGGUGUUGUUUACAAGAGGCAAAGAGAAAACAUGAUAUUCAGACAGUUGCCAAAUAGAAUAAUUAUAGCACAAAUACUGUAAAGGUGCCUGGCACCAGCAACCUGAGAAAGUGUUAAAAAAAAAAAAAGUGUUACAAGGUUAAUAAAAAAAAAGACAUCUUUGCUAAUUUUUAGUCCUGUUGAACAUUCAUGGAAUUGUUAAUAUGACUUAUAUAGACCCA